GGGCGCACAGCGAGUUAGGUCGCCCUGGAAGUAUUUUGCUCUUUUAUCUCCUAGUUGUCCAUUUACUGAGGGAAUUCAGUCACAUUUACUCCCUGUCUUUAAAUACAGAUCUAUUUCAAACAACAAAUAAUAACAACAACCGGUUCAGGCGCUGGGCUCUUUUUUUUAAGAAAAAUCGGAAUUUUAUUUCCACUCGUUCUCGUUUUCUUUAAAUUGAAAAAAAAUAAAUAUAUAAAUACAUUAAAAGAAAAGGGGGAGGGGGUUUGUAAUUGGUCGCCCGCCCGUGCGCUGAAGCCUGAGGCCUGCGGAUUUUUUUCUUUAAAAAAGAAAGUAUUUUUACGACUGAAGAGAAAACGGGAGAGAAAUAUAUUCUCUGGUUUUAUUCUUCGAAAACCCUCUGGUUCCCGCCGAAGAGAUGUCGAGACCUGUCAGGAAUAGGAAGGUCAUUGACUACUCCCAGUUUGAAGACUCUGAUGAUGAAGCAUAUGGAAGAGAUUCACCCCCUCCUGCUAAGAGAGCACGAGCAUCUCCCAGAGAAGGCAAAAAUAAACGAAAGCCUGCAAAAAAUGCACGAGAUGAAAGUGAGGAAUCAGACGAUAAGCUGUAUGAGAAGGACCUGAAGGCUGCCAUUGCCCUGUCCAAGAAGGAGACAUCGCAUUCACCUGAUGAGGACAUGGGUAGUGAGGAAGAUUUCGACCAUGGUGACAGUGAUUAUGAAGCUUCAAAGAAAAAGGGUAAAAAAGGAAAAAAGACUAAAGCAGAGAAGAAAGAGAAAAGGAUUCCCAAAAAACCUAGGAAAGCAGCUGAAGCAGGAGAUGAUGAGAGCGAAGAUGAAAAAGGCCACAAAGAUGGCCGUCAGAAAAGACAAGCUGCGUCCAAAGCUGCAAGCAAACAGAGAGAAAUCCUGCUGGACGAUGGAGGGAGUGAAGAAGAGCCUGACGAUGAUGAAGAGGCUGUUCAGGAAAAAGGAGAUUCUGGAAGUGAUGCAGACUUUUACGUGGAAGAUGAUGAUGACAGCGACUAUGAGAGCUCUUUGAAGAAAAGCAAAAAGGGACGGAAGACUAAAACAGUACCCGAGAAAAAAGAAAAGAAGACACCCAAACCCAGGCUGAGUGCCACAGUCACCCCUGCAACUCCCAGUCCGGUAAAAGGCAAAGGAAAGGGACGGAUUGCCACUACAAAAGCAUCACCACCUUCUAAAGGGCAACCACCUGAAAGCCCUGCUAAAGAGUCAAAGAAGGAGAAGAGUCCUCCACCAGAAACAAAUGAAGAAGAGCCAGAAGAUGAGGAGGAGGAAGAGGAGGAGGAGGAGGAAGAGGAAGAGGAAGAAGUUAAUUCUGGGGAUGACUGAACAAUGCAAGGGGAUAUUUUUUUAUAUAAGUAGGGAUAGAAAAUGACUUCACUGACAGCUUGGUUCACAAGGUUUAGACACAAGACUUGUGUGUUUUUUCAGAGACUGUCCCUUUUUGUGUCCUGCAAACUCUACUAAUAGAAUCAAAUCAUUUAAAAUUAGCUUGGCAUUUUAUGGGAGUUGCUUUGAUCUUUUCAAAAGUAGGAACUGCAAACCUAGCACGAUGUCUCUUAUUUUGUCUUUUUUUUUGGCAGUGGCAGCAUUAAGUGAAGUUGUGAAAUUGGGCAACACUGCAAAAGUAUUUUUUUGCCAUAUAAAUAUUCCUAAAGUAUAUUCAGAUGAAGGCGAGCUCUUCAGCAUACUGAUCUUAUUCAGAAACUAAGUUACAGCAUCUUUGCAUUGGCUGCAAAGAGGACAAACUAGAUGCAAACUUGUGCACGUACAUUUAUAUAACAAGCAGAUCAUUCAUCCUUUAAACACAGCUAAAAGUUAGCUGUACAUCAUUUUCUUAGUCUCCAUCAUACUAUCUGUCCUUUAAGUGGAUUUAUUUCUCUGAAACAUUUGACAGCAAACUUUCUUUUAAAACAGAUAACAAGAUCAAAGGCUCCUGUAAAUAUAACAGCUCAACCUUGUAAAAUGUAGGUGCUGUACAUACAUGUAGCCAAAUGACCUAGAAAUGUAGAUGUAGCUUCAUUUUAAACAUAGGUGUAGAUUUUGAUUACAACCAUUUUUUGAAUUGUAAACUUAAAGAAAAUGUGUUUUCCGGUGGUCUAAAGGAAGGCAUCUGCCAUUUACAACAAUGCUAACUGAUUGCCUUCUGACUCCUAGUAUAUUAUCUAAGUUUCUAAAAUUAUCUCAGUAACAUUGUAGUUUUUCACAAGCAAAUCAUGAGUUGGGUAAGUAUGUAUAACAUUGUGAUCUUGAGCUGAUUCCAUCCAUUUGACUGAAGGUUUAAAUCCUUAUUGCAUCCUUUCAGUUUAGCUAAAUAUAAAGUAGUCACAAAUGAAUGGUACACAGUCCAUUUCAGUCCAACUAUUGAGAUUUAUUCAGUUACUUUUUCAAUUAUUUUAGUGUUAUGAGAUUUUUUAAGAAAACCUGAAUAUUAUAUUUUUAAAGAUGUCUUAAACUUUUUUGCGUCUGCCUAGAUUUAAAGAAAAUGUUUUGGGACCUCGAAGGAAGCAAUCUUUUAUAGUUCAAAUCUAACUGGUUCUCUUACAUGGGCAAUUUUGCUUUGCAAACAGUGAAUGUAUCUAAAACAGUAUGGUCAAGCUGUUCCUUGUAAGUGAGUAAUGAUGUGAGAUGCUGUAAUCCUGAAAAGCAAUCACAAAAUUGUAAUUGCUGUUUGUAUCUUCACUACUUCAAAACAAAAAGAAACAAAAAAAAACUGCACACCACCAAAAAUCACUCUAGUCGUCAGGUCUGAUCUUGUGAACUGAAUUGUAUUUUUUUUUUUGCAGAUUGAAAUGUUUAAAAAUGAAUGUGAUUGAAUCUAAAAAACUGCGCAAUUGUUUAUCUGUAUCAGCAUUUUGUUAAUGCAGCCAUUUCUUUGUAACUUACAAAAAAAAUCCUGUACAGCCAAUUCUUAUGAUGUUAACAUUCAAUUUCACAUGGGCUUUCAAUUUCUUUGGUUUUUAUUUUCGCUACAGAACAUUAAAUGUCUGCUGGUGUAAAA